GUGUCUGGAGGACAGUCAAAUCAUGGGAAGGACCUAUCACGUGUAGAGUGCUUCUUCUUCUUCUUCUUCUUCACCUGGAGAGAAGAUCCCGCUGAUCCAUCCUCUGCAUCCUCUGCUGGGGGGGCAGAGGGGGAAUGAAUGGCGAGGUGAUGGAGGGGGGCCCAACACAGGAGCAGCAGCAUGCCGGCAACGGCUCUCACCUCCCUCCUCCUCCCACCAUCACCCCGGCCAUCCCACCCUACGUGAAGCUGGGCCUGACCAUUGCCUACACCAUCUUCUACUCGCUGCUCUUUGCCUUCAUCUACGCCCAGCUGUGGCUGGUUCUACGCUACCGGCACAAGCGUUUCAGCUACCAGACGGCCUUCCUGUUCCUGUGUCUGCUGUGGGCUGCCCUGCGCUCCCUCCUCUUCUCCUUCUACUUCAGAGACUGUGUGACUGCCAACACUCUCGGACCCUUUGCCUUCUGGCUGCUCUACUGCUUCCCCGUCUGUCUGCAGUUCUUCACGCUCAGCCUCAUGAACCUCUACUGUGCACAGGUUUACUUCAAGGCAAAGUCCAAGUACACCCCUGCACUUCUGAAGUACAGACUGCCCCUAUACCUGGUCUUCGUGGGUGUCAGUCUAAUCUUCCUGGUGGUUAAUUUGGUGUGCGCUUUGUUGGUCAAGAUGACCGCUGCUGAUGUCAAGACCAUUGUCCUGGUGAGGGUGACCAUCAACGACAGCCUGUUCGUCCUCUGUGCCGUCUCACUCUCCGUUUGCCUGUACAAAGUGGUCAAGAUGUCGCUGGCCAGUAUCUACCUGGAGUCAAAGGGGACAUCGGUGUGUCAAGUGACGCUGAUCGGCAUCAUGGUGGUGCUGCUGUACGCCUCUCGAGCCUGCUACAACCUGGUCGUGCUGGCCCUCACAGACAUCGAGAGCAUCAACUCCUUUGACUAUGACUGGUACAACGUCUCAGACCAGGCAGACCUGCAGUCGUCGCUCGGGGACGCUGGGUACGUGGUGUUUGGGGUGAUUCUGUUUGUCUGGGAACUGUUGCCCACGUCCCUGGUGGUCUUCUUCUUCAGGGUGAGGAGACCCCCCCAGGACAGGAGCACUGCAGGAAUACCCAACCAUGUUCUCUCCUCCAGAGGAUAUUUCUUCGAUAACCCUCGUCGCUAUGACAGCGAUGAUGACUUGGCAUGGAGCAUUCCUCCCCAGAAUGCAUCAGCCAGCCUCUCCUCGGACUGCUACGACUGGGGCAGCCGCCACAGCAGCUUCACCGUCCACACCACCGGAGACGAACAGCGCCUGACGAGUGCUGCUGGAGAACUGCAGCCUUACCCAUAAUCCCCUGUACCGCCUUACCCAUAAUCCCCUGUACAGCAUCACUCUGCACUUUGACACUCAUCAGUUAUUGUGUUUGUGCCAUAAUUGAUGUAAAAGAUUUGUACGGUUGAGACACGGGUUUGUAGCAGGGUUCCUACUCGGAUCAGAUCAUCUUUUAGAUUUCCUCUGCAGUUCAGAAAAGGGCAACACUUGCCGAUUGGUGUUUUUAUCUAGUGAAUCCGAUUGGAAAUCAAACAUGUUUGAGACAUCCAAUAUCAAUUGUAAAUUAGGAAUUCAAAUAAUUUAGCAAACCCUUUCAGUAAAAUAUUAAACAUUAAGCAAACAGCCUGCUCACUUACUCAUUUAGGAAAAAUAAAAAAAUAAAAAUCCAAUAAUGAUGCUUAAGGUCAGAGAAACACCGGCAUUAUUGCAGCAAUAAUGUUGGAAAAAUGUGAUAAAAAAGUUUCAACUUUCUAAAGUUACUGUAGUUGAUGUAUUUAUCUGAAACAGUAUUUUCUCAAGAUGAUCUGAUGAUACGUGAUGGUUUUUAUCAUUGUACUUCUCUAUAACGGAAACCAAACCAUCAACCUUUCACCGACAACAUAACGGCGUAGGAACCCUGCUUCAGAGGAUGUCCAUGUUUUUUACACUUGGUGUGUAGCUAGUUGUGAUAAACGUUUUAGAGAAUGUUUUGGAUCACUUUGUCAUUUGAGAAGAAUUUCAGUGCCGAUCACUCAGGAAGUCAAAGAAAAACAUCAUCCUGUCUACUUUGGGUGUAUAUUUCAGACAGAGGUCAUUUACAGACUUCCAGCUUUGUGUCAAAAUACUUAGUUCAGUUUUACAUGGAUAGAAGACAUUUAUGUUACUUUCAAUCAUAUUUAACUAGCUCUUCUGCAGAAAGAAUCAGUGGGUCACUUGAGGUGAAGGCUCUUUCAAAUCAACCUUUUUCAAUUCUUUCAAACGUUUUUUUUUUUUUUUUUUAAAAAGGUCCUUCAAAGGUCCUUAAAAUUAGGUAUAGGCAAGUUAAGAACUCAAGCUAUCCAAAUAAUUGGAAUCAAGUGUUCCAAUCACUUCAAUGGCCACUGUUGUUGCAUUUACCUAAUUGAAAGACCCCCAAGAGACCAGACUGCCUACUUUUUCCUGAAAUAAUACCCUGAAAUGUAAGACCUUAAAACUGAAAAUAAUCUUUUAUUUUCUUCCAAAUCAGACCUGAGAUCAAACUGUUCCUGUAGUGAGGAUCUUACUGCAAUCAGCUGAAGCUUAUCUGACUCAGUACCAGGAUGAAUGAGAACCUCUAAGAUCCAUCCCUUUAGUGUUGCAAUCAACUGUUAUGACAGAAAGUGACAUUUACAGACCUAAAUAAUCCCUGGAAGUCAUUUUAUUCAGAUACUUUUGCCAAAGCCUGCACAGAAACCACACCAGAGCACGGAGACUUGAUUCAAGACAGCAAAUGUUCUGUAAAUAUCAAGAAAAGGAAAGCCACUCUUGUUGAAUACCAAACAUUUAGUUAUUGUGAACUAAAUGUUUUAGUUCUGCUAUUGGGCAGGAUUGUUAAACUCACAAUAUCUUCCCUUUGAGCCCUCAAAAAAAAAUCCAAACGUCAUCUGUCCAUGUGAGUUACUGAAGAGAAACUGCUUUGUUCUGCAGUGUCCACAUUUCUGCAAUGACACUCAAGGAGAAGCUUAAACUAUAUUUCUAAAAGGUUUUGUAAAUUAUUUGUGCAGCAGAGGUAUUUUGUUGAUGAUUGUUUUUUGUGUUCGAGAUGUGAUUAAAAUAUAAAUCCAAAAAAACUAAAUUAUAAGCUGCAGAAAAACAGAAAAUUCAAUUAUAGACGCCAUCAUUAUUAAGUAGUGUGAAAAACAGAACAUCCCAUAAUUCAACAGCUUCUUUUCCAUUUGUGAAUAAAUCAUCUCACUGAUGCCCUGAAUAUUUUUGGAAAUAAAUGAUUAAACCUUC